UAAUAUAACCAGGACAAAGAUGACCAAAAGAUUCGAAGAUGGCAGCAUGUCGAAGUGCGUGCUCUUUGUUGUUAAAAUAUGGUGGUUUACAAGCUCAUCCCGGAUAUCCACUUUCCUUCUUUAAAACUCCCAUAUUUAAGACUACAGCAUUUGUAAUUUAUAGAUCUUAUAAAGGAAGCAAUCGAUUUAAAAGAAACAAGGCUAGAAAAGAUCAAGUGCGCCUUGAGAAAGAAUUAGAAUUAAAGUAUGGAAUUUCCAACAAACUAACAUUCAAUGUUCAAGACUGGAUAAAAGAGAAUUACUUUAAAGAGCUGAACGCGUUUCAAGAGCGGCUAGAUGUAAAAUUUAAAAAUCAGAGUUAUUUGCUAAGUGCACUUACACACUGCUCCUUUAUUGAUGAAUUAAAACUUGUUGGAGAAGUUGAGAAAGAUGAUGCUGAUUUACAUCGGAGAAUUGGAAUUUUUAACCAACUUUCUGAGAUUUCAUUCGACAAAUUUGCCUUGUCAGGCUUCAAUAUUGCAUUAGAAUAUAUCAAAGAAGGACUAUACAAAUUUUAUCCAGAUAUGACGCCACUGAUAUGUUCAAAAGUCAACAACUUUUUGACAUGUCGUAAUACCAUCAACAUGCUUGCGAAGAACAUUGCCCUGGAUGAGCUUCUUCUAUUGUCUAAAGAAUUUGAGAGCUUUGAGGACAUCGAUAAAGAGGUUCAUCUUAAGUUUAGUAAAAAAGAUCUUGUUAGUGAUGCCUUCUUUGGUUUCAUUGGUGCCAUAGAAAAGGAUUUAGGAAGCGCCUCUGCUAAAAGUUUUAUUGAGGACAUGCUUUUGCCAUUAAUCCAUCACGAAGACCUCGCAAGGCACGUGGAAUUGAAAGAUCCACACAAGGAAUUAAUGAAAAUACUUUCUAUGCAUGGAGUUAACGGACCAACAAGAGCACGUAUUAUUGCUGAAAGCGGUGUUGACACUAAUUUCCCAGUAUUUCACGUUGGAAUUUAUUGUAGUGCUUCUAAAAUUGGAGAGGGUUCAGGAUACUCAGCUCGCACUGCAAGAAUCGAUGCUUUCAAAAAUACAGUUUUUAAUUGCUUAGAAGGGGAAAUUGACUAUUCCUUACUAAGAAAUAGUAAGCGUAAAUUGUAAUGUUUUUUCUAAGAAAAAAAGACAUAUUCUCGUUUUGCA